AUGAACCCGGCCACCCUAGCUGCCAACUUCAUUCACGCAUUCAGAGCUCUCCCCACUCCAGAUGCCCGCCAGCAGUUUUUUCGAGCUCUGGUCCCCAGGCUGAGCCACAAAGAGUGCUCGUUUGUCAUCGACCUAUUCCAUGACCGAUUCCAUUUCGACCUAGUGUCUCGCCUGCCCAUUGAGCUGCUGGCUCAAGUAGCUUCAUAUCUCCCGCCUUGGGAUGUCUUCGUAUCAAAACGCUGGAACGAUCUAUGGUCGUCUUCAUCUGUCUGCUCCAGCUGUUUCCAUGCAUGCUUCCCAGAUCAGCAGCUGGACACAAGCAAUCCAGAGUGGCCUCUCCUAUUCCGCCGGGCUGCAAAAUGCCGUCUGGCCCUGGUGACGGGGAGACCAUAUCGUAGAAUAAUUAUCCCCUCCACUCCGAAUUUUCCAGACGAGCUCAUCGCCUACCAUGACGGGAAGAUCGUAACUGGCCUUUCUCCCAACCAAAUUCAGCUACUAUACAUUGAGACAGGUGAAACCAUGACCUUUCAGACGGAGAACCGCGAAUCAAUAAGUGAUGUCGAGAUCUCUAACUCUGCAAUUGCUGCAAUUACCAAGAAUGGGUAUUGCCAUGUUUGGAACUUUCAAACAGGAGAGAAAGGUUCUUUCCGCCUACCAUCCGCAAUGCGGUUGCAUUACACGGUUGAUGCAGACACUGUUGCCGUAUGGUUCGCAGACACGCAGGCAACCCUCAUCACCUGGGAUUUGCAAUCAAGGCAAGCCAAGGAGAUCAAACUUGGCAGUCGACCCUUUUACGUGUUUCUCGAUGCAAAGGCGAAGUCCAUAAUAACAUUCCACUGCGCAGCUGCUGAUGGCGUGCCUUGUGACUUUCUAAGUGAUGGAACAAUACACUACUCCGGGAUGACUGUAACCCAACACCUUCUACAGCGAACCACCCCUACCGCGCAACAGGAUAAAAUGACAGCGACAGUUAUUUUCCCCGACCACCUCAAAUUAGUUUCCGAGAACCCGCUUGUUGAUAAAUAUGGUUUACCAAUUCUUACUUUUCAAAAGAUGGAAGAAAAUAGGGAUACAAGCCAGGAAUGUUCAAAAUUCUAUUCAAGUCCCAUGUUCUCCCAACCCACCUCCUUUGAUACCCAGCUAGCCCACAUGGUUAGAGGUGCACAGCUGAGAUUCACCAGUUUUGACCCUUCGGACGCCCUUGCUGUAUAUUCAGACCUAGUGUAUUUUUUUCGGUGGGGGCGCCUCGCGACAAUCGUUAACUUUCAAGAAGGCACUCAACAUGUUCCUGAGAUCAUGGAUAUUGAACGGGACCUUCAUAAUGGUCAAGAGAUAAGAUUGCGCUUCUAUUGUUACAGAACAUCCAGCGGGCGGUGUAUUGCUGAUGAGAGGUUUCUGGGCGCGCGGAAUAAGAAUGGCGGAAUAUAUUUUUGGUGCUUCGAUGAGGAUAUGCCGUUGAGCCAUGAGGAUCCGGCGUAUAGAAGGCUUCGUGAUGAGCGAGCUGCAGAGCGUGCCGUGGAGCGUGCGCGGAUUCGAAAGGGGCAGGAGGAUCGACGAGGACGUUAUUUAAUGACCAAAGAAUAG